GUGAGAGAUUUUUAGAAUAGCGAACUUUUUUCAACAACUUUUUUUUCUGCUUUUUGUAGUACAAAAAGACAAAACAUUACGAGUAAACAGACACUACUUGGAGUUUCUCCUCUUUAAAAAUCUACAGUAAGUACAAGUCGGAAGUUUCCCGAUUCAAAAAAAUAGUUUGGCACGGCGGCCCCGCGACCUCGUACAUUUUUUUUGGUCAACUUGUCGUAAAAAAAGAUGUCGCCGCCAUCGAAGCUUAAGGUGAAGGCAUACACCUACGAGGAGAUCGCGAAGCACAACAGGGAAAAUGAUUGCUGGGUGGUGAUCAACGGGAAUGUGUGCGAUAUGACCCAAUGGCUCCCGGAGAAUGAAGAGGACAGAAAGAUUUGCUUGGCGGGAGCGGGUAUUGACUUUCAUACGGAACAAGAACUAUUUUGUGGCAGGAUUUUCAUUUUUUGCAACGAUCUGUGGAACAGCGGUUCAUUGAAGAUAUUGCUGCAAAUGCAAACUAAGGCUAAGCAAAUUUAUUAUUUCGGAAUCAACAACAAUUUUGAUUUUCUAUUCCCAGUUUGAAUUUAGAAGUAGCGAAGAAAAACCGAAAUCACCACCAGGUACCGACAUCUCCGAGAAGUGGAAUAAACAUAAGGGACCACAGGGGCGCGACUACCUUCUUAUCAGGUGCAACUGUUGUGUCUGGGUCUGGAAGAGGAUAAUCAUAAUUUCAUGGGUGUUUUGUCCAUGUCCUGCCCUUUUCGGGUCACGCCGAAGAUGGGCCGCAAUGCAUGCCACAGCACCACAAUAGGGCUUGCGAAGGCUGCCUGCUGAUGCGUAUUUUGGAUGCUGAAUUCACAUCCACUCUAGCAGGCGCGACGUUGACGUGGAGCCGCAAACUUCUACUCCCUGAGAAAAUGCAUGAUACUAUAUGGAUUUUGGUGUGAGGACCACCAUACAAGCCACGGGACGCAUCGAAAUUGCACCUCUUUCCAGACUGAGACACAUUUGCAAUGCAUACCUCUUGUCAAGUGCCCAUGGACGGUUAUUGGAACGGUGGACACCAGUGAUGAAAGCAGCAACAUCAUCGCAAGUAUCAUGUCUUUUAGAUCAUGUGGUGUGUGCUGCAGAAAAAAUAUUAUAUGAACAUGCAUCGAGACGAAAAUCAAAAUGAAAACCGGAAUCAAAAUCAUAAACAUGAGACAUUUGGUGAAAAAGCUGACACUUCUUCUUUUGCCGCAGCGUCGCAGCCUAUGAUCCGCCAGCAGACGAAAUUUUUGAAACUCUGACUCACAACUUGUACACAGAUUUCAACGCGAAAGUCAACGCAGAGGUGAUGGCAAACAAGAAGAAGGCGAGUUAUUCUCUGGAGGAGAUCCAAAAGCACAAUAAGGAGGGCGACGCGUGGGUGACGAUCCAGGGGGACGUUUUGAACGUGACCGAUUUCAUCUACGAGCACCCCGGCGGCAAGCUGGUCAUUUUGAAUCUGGCAGGGAAGGACGCCACAGAGGAUUUCUUGUCUAUCCACCCCGCGGAGGUCUACCGGAAACACGCUCCUUACCUGAUUAUCGGCUCCCUCGAGGAUAAGAACAAGCCGGGAAAGGCGGGUGGGUUGAACGCCCCCCUGCUGGACAAAGCCCCGGAACCGGAGGACGAGGGGGACUUCCCGGGCAUUGUGGGCUCGGUGUUCUACGCCCUGCGCGCCGUCUUGACACAGAUCUUCGCCACGCUCUUCUCCAUCGAAAAUUUCAAAUUAUCAAACGACAGAACCGGGCUCACAAGGUAUAGUUAGAGCCCGAGUCGUUCUAUUCAUUCAUGUUGAAUUUUUUCACUUUAUGCAUGGUUAUGCUAAUGCUGUAAUAUGACAUAUUACAGCAUUAGCAUAGGCAAGGGAGUGAUUUUAUAGGCAAGGGAGUGAAACUUCGAAGGGAGUUAAGGGAGCCAAGGGAGGAAAAUAAAAUUUGUACAAAUUGCCUCCCCUUAAAACAUCGCCAAAAUGCAUGCUAUGGACGCGCUUACCGGUCGCCGGUUUGCGCCCUGCUGCCCCCCCCCCCCCGCUGCGGCCCCAGGUUUGUCCGCGUUUAGGCAUUGGCUCGCUGCCGAAGGCCCUGGCCUCUUGAAGAAGGUGAGGGCUUCUAGAGUCGCCCCCGUCAACAGGAGUCGCCGGGGCGGCCUGGCCUCUGCCUCGCAACAAAGAGCGUGGAGCCGAAGGAACGCGUAAACUGUUGCCGUGACCAUGUCGAGUUUCCGUCGUCCGGGGGAAGUCGCGGCAGCCACUUCAGCAAUUUGCUUGUCGAGAUCUUUCGGGCGAGGUUCUGCGUGACCAGAUUCAACGUCAUGCCGAACAGAGAAUACGAAGUGGAAACGUUGAAGCGGCCACUUCGACUUUCUCCAAUCGGGAAAGAGUUGCAGUGACCGCCGGAACGCGCAGCAAGUUUGAAGCCCACACGCGUAGCAUAUGCAGCCUGCUUCGCGCUGAUGCUUCGCAACAUUCCCACACGUGGGCGCAUGUCCUACAUGUUGCACGUGCCUCGCUGCGCGCGCGCAGGGCGCGGCCCGCAAAAUUUUUGCUGUGUGCGCACAGAUGUCGAUCCGCGCGCGCGCAGCGCGCGCCGCGAGAAAUUUUUGCUCUAUGCCGUUCGCAUUGGCGCGCUCGACUGCUUUUUUAUCUUACUCCCUUGACUCCCUUGAAAAGUUGCGCUGUACUCCCUUGGCUGGCGCCAGACACUAAUAAACCUAAUUAUGUUCAAGCUCCUGUUCUUAGUUGUUCUUGGUUGUAGUGAGCAGGAUCAUGGAUGCGCAUCAUGUAAGUAGUUGCUCGGAAGAUGCCACCAUGUAGAAACAUUCACACGAAAAACAAAACAAAAGCAACAUCACUUCCACCAACAACUCACAUCUCAGAUCCGCCAUCUUCAUGAUGUUUUUCAUGGUGAUCCACGCGGUGGGCAACCUGCACAUUUUUCUGGGGCCGGACGAUUUUAACGGGUACGGGUACUUCUACGUGCGGCUGUACUGGACCAUGGGCGGGCUGGUGAAGGCCAACAUCGUGGAAGUCUACCUCAUGCUCGCCGCCAUCCUGCACGUCACCAUCGCCCUGAAGCGCACCUGGGACAUCAACCGCAACUACACGAUCACGAGCGGCAAAUUGAAUCUCGCACUCUCCGGCUCCGGUCUCCUCAUCUUCAUGCUCAUCCACCUGAACCAGUUCCGCUUCGGCGACACGCAAAAGUACUUAUUGAUCUAGACGAGAGAAAGUAGAAUUUUUUACUUUUUUUCGUGUACACACUAUCGCCGCAUCUAGUUGUUGACAUAGCUGCGCGUCAUGAUGAUUCCCACCCUGUAGCAAUACAAAUCCAAAAAUGCCAUCAAUGCCAUUUUUGCACUAACUCAAAAGAAAGAAUUCUCAUGCAGACCUCCUUUUUUUAUAGCAGCUCGCUGUACAAAAAUUGUAUUCAACACAGGUACUACGUCCGCCCGCCGCCUGUCUACUAUGGGGGUAUCAAUUGGCCGGGUGUCACGCAGUUGAGGCUCUUCUGGUCUCAGGAUGAGAGCAUUGAGCCGGUGCCAGUCAGGGACAUCUACAAGUUGGAAUUCGACCUGUUUCAGGACGCUGGUAUGGUUUUUGUUUUUUGUUCUUGCCAUACGGUUCUUUCUCGCAUUUCGUUUGCAGCAGCUUGGGGGUGCUAUUUCUAUUCAAAAGCGAGAGCCAGUACAAGAAACUCAAAGACAAACAGAAACAUCUUCAGAAGGCAACUGCAUCAAGUGCGGUACUAAAAACACAAUCACCGACCACCUAAAAAAAAUAUCCGAAAAAAAACACUUGCAGUUUGGGUGGUUUUCUACCUGCUGGCAACAUGCGCGUUCAUGGGGCACAUGAUCUGGGGGUGGCAGAAGGUCGUGCCCUGCUCGGCGUUCGCGAUUCCGAAGAAGCAGAUCAACCGGGUAACUUGGUACGGCUGGAUCUGGAUGGGGUUGGUCGCCCUCUGCUACGUCUCCUUCCCGCUCUACUGCUACACGCAGCCCAUGAAGACCGGCGCCCUCGGGCAGGUCGGGUAA